UCACUCUCUCUCUUUCCUAUUGCUUUUAUCUUCUUUUGUUUGGUGUGAAAUAUAUUCAGCUUGUUUAUAUAUUUCAAAAGCAUAUUAUAUAUUUGAUUAUGGUGUCCUUUAUGGAAGAACCGGUUGUGGUGAACAAAGGUGAAGAGCCUCUUGAUUUGCCUCCAGGUUUCAGGUUCCACCCCACUGAUGAAGAGAUCAUCACUUAUUAUCUGACUGAGAAGGUGAAGAAUAGUUGUUUCAGUGCAACUGCUAUUGGAGAAGCUGAUUUGAAUAGGUGUGAACCUUGGGAUUUACCAAAGAAAGCCAAGAUGGGGGAGAAAGAAUGGUACUUCUUCUGUCAAAAGGAUAGGAAGUAUCCAACGGGUAUGAGAACCAAUAGAGCUACAGAAUCAGGGUAUUGGAAGGCCACAGGAAAAGAUAAGGAAAUUUACAAAGGGAAAGGUAACCUUGUUGGUAUGAAGAAGACCCUUGUGUUCUAUAGAGGGAGAGCUCCAAAGGGGGAGAAAACCAAUUGGGUCAUGCAUGAAUUCAGAUUGGAAGGCAAAUUUGCAAGUUACAAUCUCCCUAAGGCUGCUAAGGAUGAAUGGGUUGUCUCCAGGGUUUUUCACAAGGUCACAGAUGUUAAGAGGACCCCAAUUCCUGGCCUAAUGAGGAUGAACUCUAUUGGGGAUGAUCUUCUAGAUUAUUCUUCACUCCCACCUCUCAUGGAUCCUACUUAUAGCAACAUCACCAACAAGCCUGCAAGCUAUAGUGGUGAUGAUGAUUUCAAGGGAAUAAACUCACUAUCAUCAACUAAAUCAACAUCAGAUGGUUAUUAUCUUCCCAGCUUCUCCAUCAACAAUCAACACCAACUACUAAUCAAGCCAGAAGACCACAGAACCUAUGAGCUUCCUACCAUCAACUACACUUCCAACCAAUCCAAUCUCAUCCAAAAUCCAAGCUCAUCCUUUCAGCAAAACAUGAAUAUCUCUGAUUACUUUGUGCACCAAAACAAGAUGCAAAGUUCCAUGCCAAGUGUCACAGGUUUUGGGAGCAACAAUCAUGACCAAGCUAUCCUAAGAGCAUUUGCAGCCAAGAAUGAGUUCAUAUCAGACUUGGACAAACAGUGCAAGAUGGAGCAGUUCUCAUCCAACCAUUCACAAGAAACAGGCCUUAGCAACGACAGAAACACCGACACAUCCUCGGUGAUUUCAAAGCAAGACAUGGGAAGAAAUAGGGCAUUGUACGAUGAUCUUGAAGGUCCAUCUUCAGUUGCACCUCUUUCAGAUUUGGAAUGCCUCUGGGAUAACUACUGAAAUUAUGAUCAUGAUGAUGAAAAAGAAAACUAGUUUGCCGAUCCAUGGUUUUUUUUUAUUUUGGGAUCAUAAGCAUCAUACAUAGUAAUUAAUUACCAUACCCCAUGUUUAAUUUUUAUGGUUUUUUUAAAUACUGAUUUAUUGUUAUAAACAUGAUACACUAUUAGAUUAUCAUAGGAAAGUUCCUGGAUACACAUAUACUGUAUAGAAUUAUGAUAUCUGGGCCUUUUCAGUGUUAGUUUUUUAUUUAUAGAAGAUUUCGAGGUGAAGGACUUGAUGAAUCAUGUACAUCUAUAUUCUUUUGUU